AUGGACACUUCCUCGGUGAAUGAUCGACCACACAACGCCUGUCGUGUGUGUGGUGGUCUUUUGGAUGCCGAAGAAGCAGUAACUGAUGUGGGGGAUUUCUUCGAGUCAGAGGAUGUGUGCAAGAACCUGGCUUGUCAACGAGUGGCCUCGCGUCAGCGCUACGAAGCAAAAUUAAGUGCUUUAUUCGAGAAAUACGGCCAAGACACGUCGGAAUAUGCAGACGAGAUUGACUUGGCUACGGGGGCCAUUGUGGUGGAUCACGGACAUUUGCGGGGGCUGCACCCCCAUACUCCCACCGACGAACUCGUGGAAUCUGUGGAGGAGCCAGUGGAGGCUGCACAAAGUGGGAGUCGAUGCCCCACCGAAGAGGUGGAGCAGGUUAGCAUGGGGGGUUCAUUGACAUAUCCCACAGAUCCCCCACAAGACGACCCCAUCGUGGACAAUCCCACCAGCUCCCCACCAGUCUCCCCCGCAGCAGGAACCCCCACAAGAACUUCACCCAUUUCCACCACAAAGACCCCCUCCCCACUUUCUCCACUUUCCCCAGUCUCAGACCCCCCAUAUCCCAUUUUGGAGUCCCCCGCACAACCCACACAAACGGCUUCGAUUUUUCCCUCCACUCCAACCCCCGCCGCGCCUCCACCUCAUACCCCAAGCUCACGCACACGUUCCUCCUUACGGUCUCCACCCCCACAUCUUCUUCUCCCACUCACAUUUCCUCCACUUGCCGCAAACCCUUUUGCUUUAGGUGUCUACGUGAAAAGAAAAAGUCAAAACAAAGUUCCCCCACUGGACUCAACGUGCCCCACUACCCUCCACAUUCACCUUUACCAAGAACAUCUACCACUCCCAGACAUGGACGCUAGUAUUUCGGCCUCGAGCAAAUUUUUGAACCGCUACUAUGCGGCUCAAGACAGUGGACGCGAAAAGUUGCUGGAAUUCUACUUUCCAGAGAGUCGUAUCACCUGGAACGGUCAGCCUGUCAGUCGCGAAGACUUGACAAAGCUGCUGCAGCCCGUUCCUGCCUCCAGCACGCGCAUUGACGACUUUGACUGUCAGUUUGUCGGUACUGACGAUUCGACCAUUGCUGUCACCGUGUCGGGUUCGGUGAAGUAUGCCGGACAAAACGCACGUGGGUUUUCCGACAACUUUCUUUUGCAGCGCAAUGGCGACGCGUACUGCGUCGUUAGCCAGAACUUUCGAAUUGUGACCGAUUAG